AUGACCAAUCACCGUGGACCUUGCUGGGCCCCUCUGUCCGCGACAGGCACCAAGAAGCUCCAUGCAGCAACACACAACCCGAGGCCCACAAGACGCAAUGACACAACCGGGAGCUGCCUUUCACCGCCCACCAGACCUCAGCAGCAAGCUACCGAAGCUCGUCCCCCGCAAACGCGCUUCGACACGCGACGCGCCGUCGGCCCCGCCCCCGCCCACACCUACCCUACCAGCGGCCGCCGCAGCUCGAGGGGACACGAGUACACGCGGCCGUCGAGGCGCAUAUUGAGUCCCGGAAGACCAUCCAGCUGGUUUCUGAAAAGCGAAACAUGCACUCUCGUCGAGGCCUUCGUGUUUGGCAUCGCAGACUCGGUCCGUGACCGAGCGGUAUCGAGUAUCAAGCCUGCCGAGAGGACCGGCGUCGUGGACAAGGUCGUCGACGUACUAGCGCAAGCAGAGGCGAUACUGGAGCGAUGCCCACCCGAAGACACGGGCUCGCGCUUCGGCAACCCCGUCUUCCGCACCUAUCUGGAUGAGGUGGACAAGGCAUUGCCAUCAUGGCACGCACAGCUCGGCCUCACAGACCAACCGCAAGUCGACGAGAUAUCCACCUACCUCGCCCACUCGUUCGGAAACAAGCGCCGCAUUGACUACGGCUCCGGCCACGAGCUCAACUUCUUCCUCUGGCUCCUGUGCCUGAACCGCCUGUCGCUCCUUCCGCCCUCCACCUUCCCCGCCCUCGCCCUCACCGUCCUUCCUGCCUAUCUGCGCGUCAUGCGCAAGAUCCAGUCAAGCUACUACCUCGAACCCGCUGGCUCCCACGGCGUCUGGGGCCUCGACGACUACCAAUUCCUCCCGUUCCUGUUCGGCGCCGCACAGCUCCUGCACCACCCGUACAUUACCCCAAAAUCCAUACACAACGCCCUGGUCUUGGAGGAAGAGGGCAAAGAGUACCUCUACCUAGACCAGAUUGCCUUCGUCAACAGCGUCAAAAACGUCGACGGUCUGCGCUGGCACAGUCCCAUGCUCGACGACGUCAGCGCAGCCAAGAACUGGGCCAAGAUUGAGGGCGGCAUGAGGAAGAUGUUCCGCAAGGAGAUUCUCGAGAAGCUGCCCGUCAUGCAGCACUUCUUGUUUGGGUCGUUGGUCAAGCCGGUAGAGGGCAUGAGCACAGAGGACGAGGCCGGUGUUGAGCCCGAAGAGCAGGAAGUGGAGGGUGGAGAGGUAAAGGUGUUUGAUGACGAGGCAGGGAAGAGACACGUACAUGCGAACGCGGGAUGGGGAGACUGUUGUGGAAUCAGAGUCCCAGCAGCGGUUGGCGCAGAGGGAGAGGAGAGGAAGAUGGGCGUUGGAAAGGCAUUGAGGAGGGUGCCCUUUGAUUGA